AUGUCGAAAAUAAAUGAAUUGCGAGAUCGACUGAGAGAGCAGGAGACAUAUUAUGGCAUGGCUUGUCUGCAACUGACGGUACUUAACCAAAGGUUUGAGCAGCUGGCCAAGCGGUACGACCGUGCAGACAAAUUAGGUCAGAAGUCCUUUCGAUAUUCUCUUAGAAUGAAAAUGGCAAUCUUAGAGGGUGUUCGAAACAUGUUCUAUGAAUUUGCCACAUACAAAGCCUGUAGUGUCAACAAACUCCGACAAGAAAUCCUAAUCGAACACGCCUUCUUGGAAAAUAAUGGGCAGUACAGCGAUUCAGGUUCACUUUAUGGUCGCUAUGGUAACCCAGUUUUCCUCCUUGAGGGCGCCGAUGGCGAUGAAGCAGACGACGAAAUUGAUGAUGAGGAUAUUUAUGGUAUUGAUACAGAGAGUGACGAAGACUUGUGA